AUGUUGGACCAGCUAUUACUUACGACCAAGACCCAGCUGAACUACAACGGGCCCAUUCUUGCUUCGUUCAUAUCGCUCCUCGGGCAAGAACUUAUUGUAGAAGACGAAGAAUCCCAACGAAUAUGCUGGUCCACUUUCAAAAAGGUACCGAAGCAAUGCGGGAAGUUUGAAGAAACUCCCACAAGGGCUGAGAAGAUUCGCUGGCGCUACAUGUUUGAAACAGCGCGAUUGGCGUUCAGCAAGAUGCGAUUCGAUAACGAAGACUUCCAAAAACUCGAGAAGCUGGUGGGAGAUGCCAGCAGGCUGAGGGACGACACGCCUGAGGAAAUCUUGGGCGUAAAUGCCAUCAGCGCGGGUCGGCACCACCAAGUACAAAGAGCCGCUAUUGAUCAAACCGUCAAAUUGCUCCAGAAAAAGUACACCGACGAUGAGGUUUACGACUUUCUGAAGAACGAACUGUAUGGCCGGCGCCGGCGACAAGGACACAACUCACUCACUGAUAAGCAGCGAGACCUUGUGGCCCGAUUUUAUAAAGUUCUCGAUGAUCUUGCGAUUCUGAACGAAAGUGAUGAUAGCGAUGACACAGCCGAAGACAAAGAGCAUUUCGCAGAAGGAUUAGUCCCAGCGACUGCAGAGAGGGACAAUCUGGUCAGGAAGAUAAAAGACGAACUUGCGCAGCCUAUCGAUGAAUCUGACACGGUUGCAUCCCCCAAGUCGUCGCGAAGGCUUGUUCAGAGUACGCCUUCAAGCGACGAGAAGCUGCCCACACAAGACACGACUGCAGCUCCGCGUACGACCGACGAAGGAACAACAAGAAGUCAGAUUAGUUUUAAGGCGAUACAAGAAUUUCGCGAGCGCGUGGACAUCGACUUUGAAGAUGCCCAGAAUUGGCUGGAACAGUUCAAUUACAACGUGAUCGACGCCGUGAACAUGUACUACGAAGAGGAGGAUGACGCAAAUCGACCCGCAUCGCCCGAUCCACAGCUGGAGGCUGGCUCGAAGAUGAGUCUUGAGUCUGGCAUUCCUCCUCCUGGUGACUCGACGAGCAAUAACAGGCGAACUUUCAAGCCUAUCAAUGAUCCUGUCUUUACGCCCAUGGGAAUCUUGGAGCGAAUGACAGACAAGCGUGCGGAUCACAAAAGGCUGGAGAGCAUGAUACAAGCAGAGCAAAGCCAGGAAAAGCAAAGGGGGACGGGAGAGAACAGCGGCAGUCUGAAGACCACGCCAACACUUCCGGAAGUAACCACAUCGAAGACACGCUUAGGUCGCUCCCACGCUGGUCGAGUCGUCUACUUAGACCCCCAUGGCAAUGUUAUUGCACCAGUAGCAGAAGAACAGCCAGUACCAGAGAGUCAAUGGCAAGCGUACCGAGCUAUGAGAAGCAGACUACAAGUACAGUACUACGGUACUGAACACUGGUUCAACAACCCCGACCCCAUUCGCGGCGUUCCUGAAAGAGAGAGACCUGACUACGUACGACCAGGCGAUCUGGAAUGCCACGAUGCCACGACCUCGACUGAAGCUGCCGACGAUGCUCAGAAGGCGUUCGCAUCGAUCCAGGCUGCAAAUGCCGAUUUAGUCGCCAAAGUGACCGAAGAAGAGCGCGAAGCCCAGCAAGAAAGAGACUUAGCUUACGCAAGAUCACUGGAUGCUCAACUCAAUGGUGAAGUAGGAGGAACAGUUGCCGAUGCAGCAGACGCGGGGUAUGCGGAAGGAGAAUGGGACGGUAUCAAAGCUGCGAUUGAACUCUCCAAGCAGGAAGCAAGACCUCCUGUGCCGAAAUUUCCUGUACCGGAGUCAAUUGACAACUACCCAUCUACCCGCGGCAAUGACAGUCCAACAAACAGUAACCACGACUCUGCUUUCGGCGGUGGUGAACACGACCCCCCACCACCCAGGCCGCAGAAGAAGCGAAAAUCCAUGGAAUUGGACCAAGAAGGGAACAAGAAGGGGAAGAUGAACCCACCAUCUUUUGUCAGCAUGCGAGAUCUCGAGAAAGGGGAAAGUGACGUCGACGAGGCUACUCAGGAAAGGAAGCAUGAUCUCUUCGUCUCGAAAGAAGAAGAUGCCUGGGAUGGAAACGAUAGCGAUGCGGAAUUCGAAGACGUCGACAUCGACUUUGGCGACGACGAGGAUGCAGGUACAGAUGCCGAUGCAGAUCACGAACAUUCUUCGGAGGAGGCCAUGAAGGUUGAUGAGGAAGAGGGCGAUACAGAUCACGAAGAUUCUUCAGAGGAGACCAUGAAGGUUGAUGAGGAAGAUGGCGAUACAGAUUACGAAUACUCUUCGGACGAGACCAUGAAGGUUGGUGAUGAAGAUGGUGAUAUAAGUGGGGGUUUAUAUCGAUGGGGGUGA